AUGUUUCUUGACGCGAGGGAAACACCAUUGCCGUGCCCCACCGCGACACUUCCAGAGACACUUCAGGUGCUUGCGGAGCAUCCGCAUGGCGACGCGGUGCUGGUGCACGCAGCGUUGGCCCGUUUAAUGUUGCUGGACUCCACCGAUGCGGAUUCCGAGACAAUUGCCUCGUUUCAGCCGCCAGAUGCGGUUUCCAAUCCCUUUCCUGCUGCGACUGGUAGUUUCAACGCCGCAACGGAUGCUGGUGUCGAGUACCCAUUCUCAUCGUCGUCUUCCUCAGCACCACAUCUGACGCUGCAACUUAUGUCUGCGCACCCCAACGAUGGGGUUGUGCGUGAGCGCUGUUGCCGUUGCAUCGCCAACAUGUGCCAGCUUUCAUCCUCCUCCUCCUCGGCUGGUCGUGCGGUGGAACCGUCCAGCGUGGGCUCGGAUAACAACAGUGCGGGGGAUGAGAGGAGUUUCGCCGACGAACUGGUAGAGCAGGGCGCGGUGGAGUUGGUGCUGGGAACACUCGCGAUGUCCUCGCGGUUGAGCGCAAAAGGGCUUGCGUGGGCAGCGCAGGCUCUUCUUAACCUUGUCUGCCUCUCCCGCGAUGGCGCACGGCGCACGGCGAGGACGAAGGGCGAGACUGUACUCGCAGACGUCAUAGCAGGCACGACCCACGAGUCCAUCGUUGCCGGAUCGCUCAGCGUUGAGCAGUGUGCUGCCUUGGACGCGAUGCUGGGCGUGCUUGCGCGCCUCCUCACUUCUGAGGCGGACGACAACGCGGCAGGGGUGCAUUACCGCUGCGAGCAGGCGGCGUACGGGACGGUGGAGGCGGUGGGGGCGGCGCUUGUGUGGCUCUCAGCGUCGGCGAAACGUGAAAUUUGUGGUUCAGAUGCAAAGUGGGGGAUGCGUGAUGGAAGCAUCGGAGGUCGCUGCGGGGGAACGUUGUUUUUUCCCACUGCAGCCCCGCCGCAUCAGGCGGCAGUGUUGGCGUUUCUACCACCGUUACACAAGGCCUGGAUGACGCUUAGGAGCAUUAUUGGCUGCAGCAGGAACUUGCCAAUGGUGUACGAGGCCCUCCACAUGCCAGGGGAUGGUGGCGGGCUGCGGGAUGCGAUUGACGCUGUGCUGCUGUUUGGCGUUGAACUUGAGGGUCUAUCCGCCAUGGGGGCCACGGAGGAGGCUACGUUACAGCAGGACAUGCUUCUCUACGCGCUAGAAACCUUUGCGGAUCUUUCUGCGACGCGCAAGGAUUUGGGCGACCGCGCCGUGGCGGAGGCCGCCGCUUUGUCUGAGGCCACUACCGAGCCGAACUCCCAGAGUGGGGAGGAGGGCGGCGAGGUUGAGGGCAUCUCUGCGGUGUUUCCUACCGAGGCAGCACUGGGCGUGUCAGAGAUCUUGGCCGAGGGUGUGGUGAGCAACAUUGCGGUGUCGACUCUGGUUCGACUGCACACAGCGGAGUAUCGCCAGGGCAGCGGACGAAAGUCCACCGCCCACGUGUAUGACGGGGCCGUGUUCGAUGUGCUUGCCAAGAGUUUGUUGACGCUGGCAAACUUGGCCGGUCAGGACAUCGCAGUCGCCUCAAUGAACACCGUGGCGCCCCUGCACGCCAUACUGCAAGAGUCCACCAAUUGUCUCUCUGCGAUUAGGGCGGUACACCGAGCGUCCUCUUCGCAAUUUCUCUCUAGCGCAUCGCAGCAAGAGCUGAUGGCGGUGGUGCAGCAGUGCGCACUGACGGGGCAGGUGUACGCCGUGCUGUGGGGCAUCCUCAGCACCCCCGAUGGUGUGCGUGCUGCGGGCGAGCUGAAAUUGCGUGACGCAGUGAGUGGGCUCCAGACGAUAUUGGAGACACUUUACGCGGACGCCUUUCCGGAUGAUGGGCGAGCGGUUGCUGGGAUCAGCAGCACGGAGGCCCCGCGGGAAGCCACAGCAGCACAGCAGACCUCUUUAGCCGGAGCAGCAGCGAGAACGACGCCGACGAUUGCCGCAGCCAUAGAAAUUCUGCAAAAGCUCAUUCCCUUUGGAGAGAAGGUGCUGCAGUGCCUGCGUCUCACCUCUGCUGAGGCGAGCCCCACGCAAACGGAACACGCGCGGCAAACGAGUGUAUCAGGGUCUGCUGCGGGCACUGUUAGCGCUAUUCACGUAACAGUUGAACAUUUAAACACAUGA